UGUUCUGGCGCAUGCGCAGUAGCCAGCCGGCAAGGUAAAAACAUGGCCGCCUCUACAUUCAGUCGUUCUGCGUGCUGUGUGUUUAAAUCUUUACCCCGGCUCAACACGUCUUGGACACACUUCUCCUCCUGUAGAUAUGAAAAUGUCUCUGGUUUGACUUUCACGUGGUGUCGUUAUUAUAUUUCUGGACUGAAUACGAGUCGAAGGAGAGACGGAAACUGUGUGACAUUGAGUGUGUGUGCAGGGUUGAAGAGGCUCAGUAUUUUCAGCUCGCACACCUUCCAUACCAGCUCAGUGUGUCAUGAGCAGCAGGAUUUCUACAGUGUGCUGGGAAUCCCGCGCACCGCCACGCAGAAAGAGAUCAAGAAAGCGUACUAUCAGCUGGCGAAGAAAUACCAUCCUGAUACAAACCCAGACGACCCGGAGGCUAAAGAGAAGUUCGCCAAGCUAGCAGAAGCGUACGAGGUUCUGAGUGAUGAAGUGAAAAGAAAGCAGUACGAUACAUACGGUUCAGCAGGGCCAAGCGCAAGUGGGGCGGGACAGCAGUAUUGGCAGGCCGGAACCACCAUCGACCCAGAGGAGCUUUUCAGGAAGAUCUUCGGGGAAUUUGCUGGAGCACAAGGGUUCGGAAACUUCAGCUCCGUUUUCGAACAGCCGCUCGAGUACGUCAUGGAGCUGACGUUCACCCAGGCAGCCAAAGGAGUGAACAAGGAGAUCACAGUGAACAUAGAGGAUGACUGUCCACGUUGCCAUGGUAAAGGUCACGAACCGGGCACUAAAGUCACACGCUGCCACUACUGCAACGGCACCGGCAUGGAGUCGGCAAACGCGGGCCCGUUUAUGAUGCGCUCGACGUGUCGGCGCUGCGGUGGGCGGGGCUCAAUCAUCAUCACGCCCUGUGUGAUGUGCAGAGGAACAGGCCUCACCAAACAAAAAAAGACCCUCAUGGUACCUGUACCUGCAGGAGUGGAGGACGGCCAGACAGUGAGGAUGUCUGUAGGAAAUAAGCAGAUCUACAUCACGUUCAGAGUCCAAAGGAGUCCAGUGUUUCGGCGUGAUGGGGUCGAUAUCCACUCUGACAUGAUGAUCUCCGUGGCUCAGGCCAUUCUGGGAGGAACGGCUCGAGCUCAGGGCCUCUACGGGAUGGUCGACAUCGCCAUCCCUCCUGGGAUUCAGACAGACCAGAAGAUCCGUCUGGGUGGGAAAGGAAUUGCCCAAGUGAAUGGGUAUGGCUACGGAGACCACUACGUUCACAUCAAGGUCAAAGUGCCCAAGAAGCUGAGUCGGAAGCAGCGGGAUCUGAUCCUGAGCUACGCUGAGUUGGAGACGGAUGUAGACGGAUCGGUGAAUGGAGUGACACGAUCAGCAUCAGCAAGCUCCCAGCAUGCAGCAAAGGAAUCCGAAGUGGACCCAAGAAGUAACGAGGAGCAGCCGGAGAAGGAGGAGGGUGGAUUUUUCUCCAGACUCAAAAAGAUGUUCUCCUGAAGGGCGCAGCAGGUGAGAGCCCUUUGUGCUGUUUUGAGAGAGUUCAGAUGCGCAGAAGCUCUCCACUCAUCUCAGGAAGAGAGCGAGAGAGAGACAGAGGGAGGAAUGAGAGGUGUUUAUGAAAAUCCUGACAAGCCAAGAGCUUCAGCCGAUGAGGCUUCUGUAAAAGAAAUCUGUGUCAUGAAGUAUGAACUGUUCGUGAAACUCAGAAAUAAUGGUUUAAUAAUGUGAUCACACAAUUUAAUGUAAACUUAUCAUGGUUAAUGUGUAUUUUUCUAAUAUAUAAGAAUAAAAGUUGUUUGAUAACAGGA